AUGGUGGCCUUGAAGACCUUCUCCCUGCUGCUGGUGUUCCUGUUCCUGGCAGUGGGGCUAGCAGACAAGGAAGAGGGUCACUCCAGCUCUCUCCCCUCGUUGCUCCUCAGAUCCUAUGCUAAGGUCAGCGGCCCCCGACCUCUAGGCCCAAGGUACGCAGAGGGGACUUUCAUCAGUGACUACAGUAUUGCCAUGGACAAGAUCCGCCAGCAAGACUUUGUGAACUGGCUGCUGGCCCAGAAGGGGAAGAAGAAUGACUGGAAACACAACAUCACCCAGAGAGAGGCCCAGGCCCUAGAGCUGGCCAGUCAAUCUAAAAGGAAUGAGGAGGCAGCGGGGCAGCAGAGCUCCCCACCCAAGAUCCCCAGUGAUGAAGAUUUGCUAAGGGAUUUGCUGAUUCAAGAGCUGCUGGCCUGGGUGGUGGAUCAGACAGAGCUCUGCAGGCUCAGGUGA